GCUCAUUCAUAAUGUUUUUCGAAAUAAACAUACAUAUUUUAUUGGUUGUUUUAUAGCUAAACCUACUCAUCUAUUUUCAGUCGAGAUGUAUUUUGUUAUCGAGCAGCAGUCUCUCGAUAAGCAUUUGACGCGGCAUCUCGUUCAAAUUCGUCAAGGGUACAGGUAAAAUAGAUCACAGGUAGAAAGGGACAGAACAGAAUUAAAAUCUCGUUAUAUACCACAUGCCGGAAAACCCAAACCCAUUGUUUUGCCAGAACCAAAAGCGAAAUGGUGCAUUUAGCGACUGAAAAGAAGACCCAGGAGGUGUCGCCGAAAGCCCCCAGGCAGCUCCAGCUAGGUGGCCACGUGGGGUUCGACACUCUGCCGGACCAACUGGUCAACAAGAGCGUCCAGAACGGUUUCAGCUUCAAUAUACUGUGCAUCGGGGAGACGGCUCUCGGCAAAUCCACGCUCAUGGACACGCUGUUUAACACCAGCUUUGGGUCCACGCCCAGUCCGCACAACCUUCCCAAUGUGAAGCUAAAGGCAUGCACAUACGAGCUGCAGGAGAGUAGCGUCCGCCUCAAGCUGACCGUCUGCGACACGAUCGGAUAUGGUGACCAGGUGAACAAGGAGGACAGCUAUAAGGCUCUGGUGGAGUAUGUGGACAGCCAGUUCGAGGCGUACCUGCAGGAGGAGCUCAAGAUCCAGCGUGCGAUGGCCAGUGGUCACGAUGGACGCGUACACGCUUGUCUGUACUUUAUCUGCCCCACUGGCCAUGGACUGAAAGCAAUGGACUUGGUGUGCAUGAAACAGCUGGACACUCGGGUCAACAUUAUACCCGUUAUCGCCAAGGCGGACACCAUCUCCAAGUCCGAAUUGUCUGGGUUCAAGGAGCGGAUAAUGGAGGAAUUGCGCCGGAACAAAGUGAGCAUCUACCAGUUUCCUACGGACGAUGAGACAGUGGCCGAUACCAACGCCUCCAUGAAUGGGCAUCUGCCCUUUGCCGUUGUUGGCAGUACGGAGUUCGUGAAGGUGGCCGGAAAGCUGGUCCGUGCCCGGCAAUAUCCCUGGGGAGCGGUACACAUAGAGAACGAAUCGCACUGUGACUUUGUGAAGCUGCGCGAGAUGCUCAUACGCACAAAUAUGGAGGAUCUGCGUGAGCUAACCCACACACGACACUAUGAGCUCUUCCGUCAGCGGCGCCUGCAACAAAUGGGCUUUGUGGACGUGGAUAGCAACAACCAGCCGGUGUCCUUCCAGCAGACCUUCGAGUCGAAGAGAUCCGACCAUCUGGCCAGCCUGCAGGCCAAGGAGGAGGAAGUACGGCAGAUGUUCGUGCAGCGGGUCAAGCAGAAGGAGAACGAGCUAAAGGACAGUGAGAAGGACCUGCACACCAAGUUUGAGCGAUUGAAGCGCGAGCACCUUGAGGAGAAGGCGCAACUGGAAGAUGCGCGUCGCAAGCUGGAGGAAGAAUGCCAGGAGUUGCAGCGUCGCAGGCUGCAGCUGGCCAAUGCUGGUACGCACACACUCACAUUGGGCAGGAGCAAGAAGAAGUAGCCUACUAUUAAGUGUUUCGAAUUUUAAACGAUUUCGAUUUUUAUUAAUCUUACGAUGCGAUACGAUCGAUUUGUACUUUACAGUUAAGGAAUUUUAAUCAAACAACAUAAAUAUAAUGCUAUUCUUAGUCGUAAAUGUAGAUAUAAGGCAUGACGAU